GAACUUUCUCCGCAGUUACUCAAAAAAUCUCAAACCUUUUCUUCUUCACAACCAUAUAAAUUCCCCCUUCGAACCUCAGAUCUUCAUCAAGGGCUUCUGUUUUUCUCCCUAAAGCUUGAAAUUUUCUUCACCUUUUUCGUCCCUGUACCUAGGUUUUUGUUUUCACAAUGUUUCGUUUGAGUAAUAACUUGAUCGGCAUUCUCAACAUCAUCACUUUUCUUCUUUCGAUUCCCAUCCUCUGGGCCGGAAUUUGGCUCUCCAAACAUGGCGCUUCAGAGUGCGAGAAGUUCCUCGACAAGCCGGUGAUUAUUCUCGGAGUGUUUCUCAUGUUGGUUUCUUUGGCCGGUUUGAUUGGCGCAUGCUGUGGAGUCUCCUGGCUUCUUUGGCUCUACUUGGUGGUCAUGUUCUUGCUGAUUGUCGUCCUGUUUUGCUUCACCAUCUUUGCCUUCGUUGUCACCAACAAAGGCGCCGGCGAAGUGUUGUCCAAUAGAGGAUAUAAAGAGUACAGAUUGGGAGAUUACUCAAACUGGUUGCAGAAAAGGGUGAAUAGUACUAGUAACUGGAACAGAAUCAAGAGCUGUUUGGCUGAUAGCAAAGUUUGUUCUAGCUUUUCCAACAAGUUUAUUAAUGAUACUGCUCAGGAGUUUUAUGCUGAAAACUUGUCCGCAGUUCAGUCUGGAUGCUGUAAGCCAUCAAAUGAUUGCGGAUUCACAUAUGAAGCCCCAACACAAUGGACUAAUAAUGGCACAACUUCGACCAACCCCGACUGUACGGCCUGGUCAAACGACCAAAGUGUGUUGUGCUACAACUGCCAAUCGUGCAAAGCUGGGCUGCUGGACCAAGUCAAGACUGACUGGAAGAAGGUGGCCAUCAUCAACAUUGUCUUCCUCAUUGUGCUCAUUGUCGUCUACUCCAUCGGAUGCUGUGCGUUCAGGAACAACAGGAGGGACAAUGCUUAUGGGAAGUACCCCUGAGGAGGGAGGUCUUAUUGGAAGGAUGACUGAUUAGGCUUAUUGUUAUUAUUAGUAACUUUGUUUUAUGUUGUUGUUAUUAAUUUGUUUUGGCUAUUGUAUAGCUUUUAUGUUGAUUAUUUUUGCUUGCUAUUAGAACAUAUCGGAUUCCUGUAAUCCUUAAUUCU